CUUCACUACUCAAUACAAGAGAACAUUAUGAGUUCAGGCACCAAAAACAGCAACAGGAGAAUAAUGUCGUUGUUGGAGUCUGAGGUUGUCUCUGUUCUGGAGACACUCGUAAAGGCAACGGUCAAUGAAAUGACGAAAGUCGUGGACUCUUCAGGCAAACCUCCACAAAUUACAGCAGACAAGUCAGCCACCCUGGACUUUACAACCCAGCUGAACUCUGUGUUAACACGUAACGCAAAGGAAGCUGUGGAGAAAAUAUGCCAGCUUUUCUCUGCACUUCUGCACCAUGAAAUGAUUCCGAGUGCACAGGAUGGCUUGAAAACAAGACUGAAUCAAUCUGAGAAACAGCACAAGACUCUACAAGGAGAGACUAAUCUAACCGGCAGUUGUCCUCAAAGAAGUCAGUCCACUGACCAACAUUCUCUAGUCUCUGCGGAGAAAAUUGCCAUUGUUGUGAGCUGGGGACAGGAGGAGAUCAUAGACACUGACCAUGUGAAAACACCCACUAAAACACAGAAGACCGCGAUCAUUAGGGAAGAAAAGUCAGUGGAUUCUUCAGAAAACAGCAACCAUCCUCAGUUUGUGGUGUUGCAGGACAAUGAUGCUGCGGACAUCAGCUGCCCUGGACUGCAAAAUACUAAAAACAUCUCUGUGACUCAGGAUAAUGUGAAAGUAUCUAGAAGUGUAAGCGUGUCAAAAAGCAGAGGUGUGCGCGUGAGCUGUCGGAAGAAAGGUAAACCGCUCAGCUGUAAACAAUGUAGAAGGAAAUUUGACUCGGUUGUUCUGUUGAGAGCUCAUCAGGUCAUUCAUGUGGCAGCAGAGAAACCCUUUAGGUGCUCGCAGUGUGGUCGACGUUUUGGCAGUAAAGGCAGUUUGGAUGUACACUACCAGCUUCAUACUGACAAGAGCCCUUAUGUAUGCAAUCAAUGCGGCAAGACCUUCACCGAACACAAACAGCUGAAGGGUCACCAGAGGAUUCAUAACGAAGACAAGACUUUUACAUGUCAAGUUUGUGGGAAGUCUUUUCAUCAAGCUUAUUGUCUCAGGAAGCAUUUGGUCGUGCAUUCGAAAGAGAAGCUGCAUAAAUGUGACGAAUGUGGGAAGAGCUUCCACUUUCGUAACAACCUACUUCGCCACCAGAGAAUUCAUACAGGUGAGAAGCCGUUCACCUGCCAGACGUGCGGGCGAAGUUUCAACCAGCUCGACUCACUGAAGGCACACAAUCUAACUCACACUGGCGAGAAACCACACAAAUGCAAAAUGUGCAAUCAGGGCUUUGUCCAGAAGUUUCUGCUUCAGCUGCAUGAGGGAAAGCGCCCGGGACAAAACGGACACCACUGUUUUGUAUGUGGGAUGGUCUUGGGUUGCUUAAACGCCCUAAAAACGCAUCUCCCGAUUCACAAGGGGCAGUUGCCGGUCAAUUGUACAGUGUGCAGCGAGACCCUUGGUUCCAUCAACACCUUGAAAUCUCACCAGCACAAACACACUGGCGAGAAACCACACAAAUGCAAAAUGUGCAGUCAGGGCUUUGUCCAGAAGUUUCUGCUUCAGCUGCAUGAGGGAAAGCGCGCGGGACAAAACGGACACCACUGUUUUGUAUGUGGGAUGGUCUUGGGUUGCUUAAACGCCCUAAAAACGCAUCUCCCGAUUCACGAGGGACAGUUGCCGGUCAAUUGUACAGUGUGCAGCGAGACCCUUGGUUCCAUCAACACCUUGAAAUCUCACCAGCACAAACACUCGGUGACUGACAAACACAGCUGUUGUUUGUGCGGAAAGUCCUUUCAGAGUGUUGCUGGUGUGAAAACUCACGAAAGGAUUCAUACAGGAGAAAAGCCCUAUAUCUGUUUGGUGUGUGGGAAGACAUUUCGGCAGCAGAACAGCCUUAAGGCUCACCAGACCUCACAUACAGGCGAAAAACCUUUUAGUUGUGACACGUGCGGGAAAGGUUUUUGCACCUUGGGAAAUCUCCGUCGACAUCAGCGCAUACACACCGGAGAAAAGCCGUUCAGAUGUGUCGAAUGCGGGCGGGAAUUUAACCAGUCGAAUUCACUCAAAGCUCACAUGCAUAUUCACACAGGAGAGAAGCAAUAUGUGUGUGACAAGUGUGGGAAAAGUUUUGCUUAUCUCAGAAAUCUGAGGUGCCAUAAAUGUGUAUAAAUUUAAAGGGAUCCUUCACCUGAAAAUGGAAAUUCUGUCAUCAUUUACUCUUGAUAUGGUGAUGUAAACCUCUCUACUGACUUUUAUUGUAUUGACAAAAAAAAGACAUUUCUAAAAAUAUCCUCUUUUACAAUGAAAGAAAGUAAGGCAUAUAGGUUUGGAACAACAUGAGGGUGUGUAAAUGAUGGCAGAAUUUACAUUUUUGGGUGAACUAUCCCUUUAAGUUACACAGUUUAACGGUUCCAAAUAGAUCAGACAGGGUUACGUGCGUCUUAAUUUCCAUAUGCUGAUUUUUUCAGUUAGAUAUAAAUAUUUCAGUGUAAAAGAUGUUAAAUGAUCUCUAAACACUUUGACAAAUAAAUCAAAGCCAACAU